AUGGCUAAACGCACCAAGAAGGUCAGAACUGUCGGUAAAUACUGGACGCAUUAUGGUGCCUCCCUCAGGAAAAUGGUGAAGAAGACUGAAAUAAGCCAGCACGCCAAGUACACUUGCUCCUUCUGUGGCAAAACCAAGAUGAAAAGACAAGCUGUGGGGAUCUGGCAUUGCGGUUCCUGCAUGAAAACCAUAGCGGGUGGUGUCUCUUCCUACAACACCACUUCUGUCACAGUACAGUUAGCCAUCAGAGGACUGGAGGAGUUGAAAGACCAGUAG